CGCUCCCCCAAGUCGGCGCGGAGCCGCCUCGGGCCGGGUUGAGAGCGGAGCGCGGCGGAGCCAGAAUGCGGGGCUCCCGGGACCGUGUAGGGCGCGCGGGGCGGCGGCGGGCGGGCGGGAGCUGUCCGCGGUGCUGAAGCAGCGGCGGCGACAGCGGCAGAGACGCGGGCCGGGAGCAGGGAGCUCUCCUGGAAGCUCCACCGCGGCCGCGAGGCGGGGACGCCGUCGCUUGCCGGCUCAUGCCCGGUCCCCGAGCCCCGCGAGGAGGCGGGACGGUCCGCAGAGCGACAGGCUCCGUGAAGACUGUGUGGAGGACGGAGACUCCCCUCCCUGGCAACUGCCUGGCGAACCAUGGAGAGCAUGAGUGAACUACAGAACCCACUGCUGCCAAGAAGCCCCACCCACCUCCACAGACCCUAUCCCUACCCGGAGGCUCCACCCGGCUGGUCCUGCCAGGAGAAGCUUUAUUCCUACCUCCUAGGAGGUGCUGGUCCCGCCCGAGCCCACCAGCUCCUAGACCCAGGAUCCCUGCAACUGGCCGUGGAGGCUUGGUAUCGGCCCAGCUGCCUCCUCGGGAGGGACAAGGUCAAGGAGCCCAAAGCAGGCAGCUGUGAGACCAGCUUCACCGAAGCCAGGGAACCCUUAGUGGGGCCUGCAGAGCAGCGCUCCGAGCCUGGUCAAGCUGAGGAGGAUGUGACCAUCCACACUGUGUCCUAUGGGGUUCAAGAGGAGCUGCAGGGCCAGGAGGACAGCCAGGAGGAGGAGAGCGACGGAACCUCGACUGAGAGUGAGUGUGAAGAUGCCUUCCUCACCCUGCCUCCCAGGGACCACUUGGGGCUUACACUCUUCUCCAUGCUCUGCUGCUUCUGGCCUCUGGGCAUUGCUGCCUUCUACUUCUCCCAGGGGACCAGCAAGGCCAUCUCCAAAGGGGACUUCCGCCUGGCCAGCACCACCUCCCGCCGGGCUCUCUUCCUGGCCAUACUCUCCAUCGCUGUGGGGGCCGGUCUCUAUGUGGCUGUGGUGGUAGCUCUGGCUGCUUAUAUGUCCCAGAAUGGCCAUGGCUAGGAGUCAGUGGGACUGUCAUCCUGGCUCUCCCGGCCUACCAGAGGAAGGUGUGAAGCUUGGAACUGUGUAUCCUAUGGAGAGCCUUGGCCCUGAAGAGAACCUGGGACGAUAGCUUGUUGAGGAGAGGCCUCCCAUUCUGCAGCCCACACAAUCUCGCCCUCUCGCCCACUGCGUCCAGUCCCAGAGCAGGCUGGCUGUGGAUGGGAAGCAGGCCCAGCAGGGUUGUCCAACAGGCCUAGCUCGGUGUACUCUGCCCAUUCCCUACAGGACCUCUGCCCCACAGAGAGAGAGCAGGAGGUUCAUGGGAGGAAAAAGAAUUCCCAAGGGACAAAGGCCCCGGCCAGAUUUUGCAGUCAAGAGGGUUCUCGCCGGUGCAUAUUUUGAGCAGCUGCCCCACCCCCACCCCCCACCCCCUCAAGGCCCAAGACCCUCCAAUCAGGAAAGAAAAACAUGGACCCCAGCCAUCUCUCGCUCUUUCUGACUCUGGGUACAGCAUGUCUCCCUGUUAUUGUGGAAGAUGCUCUGUGCUCUGCGGUGUCUCCCAGGUAGAGGUGGAGCCAGAAAGCUCUGUAAUGAGGGCAGGUUGCUAGGGCUUUUCUGUACCAGAAAAGAAAAAAAAAAAGGUCAGAUACAGUGACAGAGGGAUGGAGGUCUGGGAUACUGCAGGAUCACAUGACCUCCCUCCUCUGCCCCCAUUCUUCACCCCACCACCUUUUCUGGGCUCUGCUGGAAGGGUCCUGAGAUGGUACCCCACCUGUGAAGACUAAGGAAGGUGCUGCUACUUCCCAGAGAAGGGACUCUGGGGAACAUGGAGUGUAGCCGGAGGAGGAACAUAGGCAGAUGCCUAAGGGAUUUGCUUCUCCAUAGCUCUCCCUGCUGGUGGGCCUCCCAUGGAGGUUCCCAGGCUGCUUGGAUUCUGCCUGGAAUAUCCAGUCUGGCGUAAUUUUGUAGCCAUUUCUAAACCCUCCAUCAACCUGAGCAGGAAGGCCAAGCCUUUCUCUCCAUCUGAGAUAUUUCCCCACCUCCGAAGGAUGGGACAGUGGUGGUAGUGGUGCCUGGGCACCUUCACUGAUAACCGCCACUCACAGCUGCUCUCAAACCCCUCCGCCCCCAGGCACUAAGAGAGGUCAGAGUGUCUGAGGCUCGAGGAGCGAAGGACAUGUGCAGUGGGAAGGCAGGCCCACUGGGACUUAAACUACGGACCAUUGUGCACGAUUUGGGGGACCUGGCUAUUUCCGUGCCCCGUCUAGCCCCACACUCUCCCAUCUUCCUCACUUCAGGGGUUGCCCACUCUCCACUCCCUGCACCGGCAGUUUUAAUGUCCCCUUACUGUCUUUAUUUAUUCUGAUAAUAAACUUUUCUGUAACACCUGGUGCCA